AAGCGCCCAGUGGGACGAGGGAUAGAAAGAGAAAGUCACAUGCUUAAGUACAUUUCAACCCAUGCGCAUUGCACGUUUUUUUCGCAUUAAAAAAACAGUGGAGCGAUACAGGGCCAUCAUGGCCCUCUUGUUAUUUCAGGUGGUGAAUUUAACAAUCCAUUUUAUAUAAAUUCUUGUUUAUCAUCCCACUAUGUAAAUAUUUAAAAUAAAAAGAAAUGUAAUUUUUAUUGAGCCUCAUAUUAAAAAAGAAAUCAAACAAUUUUGAUAAAACAUACAAUUGACAUACUAUUGACCCAUCUGUUAUCUUUUUCACGCUUAAUAUUUGUCAACUGACAAUUGCUAAGCAAUUAAUUGGUGAUUGUUUUCAAAGGGGAUAAUUAUCUUUAUUGGUUUGGUGUCAUAAUUACACAGCUGCUAGACAGAUUACCUGAUUGCAACUCAGGAUGUUAUUGUUCACACUGGUUUCACAGUUGGCUAUUUCCUCUGGCAAUAAAUAGGGGUCACUGUUUGUAAAUCUCAACACUUGCAAUUUGCACUUUUAAUCAGUCAGCAAGACUGAUAUAUGUAUAUCAGGAUUUUGAUAUAAACAGAGCCCAUAGUGUUGUGACAAGAGUAACUUGAAGAUUGAAUGUUGAUUUAAUAAUCUGCUUAGUCUAAACAGGAAAUACUGGAUUAAGAUAUCAUAAUUUUAGUUAAGAGUUUUCUAUUUUAGAUUUUAGUUAUUUCUUAAAUCAUAAGCAUGCCUCCAUUUGAGAUAAAAACUGUUGGUGAAACAGUUAAUGUUGGGGACAUGUUCAAAGAUGCAAAAAAUGGUCAGAUGGUUGGACGAGGAAAAAAGCGAACUAGAGAGUCGGACAGUCAUGCUACAGAUAGUGUCCAGAAAAAGAAAAAAGUCCACCACCCCUGUCACCAAGAUGUUGCUGGCGUGGUGCUGAUAUGCGGCGAAGGGGAUGUGGGGCAACUCGGCCUGGGUGAAGAUGUGAUGGAGAAGGCACGUCCCACGCUGGUCGACAUCCCGGACAAGAUCAUACAGGUGUGCGGCGGGGGCAUGCACACUGUGUGCCUGACGGAAAAAGGGGAGGUGUACACCUUUGGCUGCAAUGAUGAGGGAACCCUGGGCAGGGACACCAGUGAAGACGGAGCAGAGACCCGUCCUGGCAAGGUGGAGGGGCUGCCAAGGAUAGUCAUGGUGUCAGGUGGAGACAGUCACACUGCCGCACUGUCCGAGGAGGGAAAGGUCUACAUAUGGGGAAACUUUAGGGAUGCAAAUGGACAUAUGGGUUUGACAGAGGAGGGUGUUAAAAACAAACCACAUCAGAUCCUUGCUGACCAGGAGGUGAUAAAGAUUGCAUCAGGGGGAGAUCAUCUUGUGUGUCUAACUAGCCAUGGAGAGGUGUACACUUGCGGAUGUGCUGAGCAGGGACAGUUGGGCAGAGUUGCUGAGUGCUUUUCACAGAGAGGGGGCAGGAAAGGGCUGUCAUACAUCUUGCACCAAGCCCCAGUUCAUUUUCGGAGCAAGAAGUGUUUCAUUGAGGACGUGUUUGUGGGACAGUAUGCCACUUUCGCGAAGGACAGGAACGGAGAUAUCUACUCAUGGGGCCUGAACAACUACUACCAGCUAGGAUUUGGUGACAUGAAGAACAGAUUUGUUCCAGAGAAGGUGAAAGCGUUCAGCAAGAAGAAUUUUGUGUGUGUGGCCAGUGGGCAGCAUCAUUCUGUGACCCUGGACAAUGCUGGCAAUGUGUACACAUUUGGAAGAUCGGAGUAUGGGCGACUGGGUCUUGGAGAAAACUGCACAGAAACCAAGGAGCCCACACUGGUGAAACUUGAUAAGAAAUGUAUCCAGAUAUCAGCCAGUAAUUCAGUCUCGUUUGCACUCCUUGAGGAUGGGACGGUCUCAUGCUGGGGAAUGGGCACCUCCAAGCAGCUGGGAAAUGGUUCAGAAGAUGAUGCAUGGCUACCAACAAAAAUGGACGGCAAGCAGUUACAGGACCGGAAAGUAAUUCAGGUAUCUUCUGGAGGUCAACACACUGUGCUGUUAGCUGUGGAAAAAUAGGAGGUCAACACACUGUGCUGUUAGCUGUGGACAAAUAAACAAUUAGCAACAAGCCACUGGUUGCUAUAAUUCAAACUAUAGUGCCAUCUGAAGCCAUCAGGAACUCCACCAGUGUAGACACCUACAAAAUGACAUGCAUUGUCAUAUAGGGAUGCUUUUUUAACAAUUCAACUGGAUUGAAAGAAGCCACUAGAUGAUAGCCGCCACAUGGAAGUGUAAAAACACUGAGAGCACUUGUAAGAAGAAUUGAAGAGUGUAGUUGUUACAUAUCCUGGCAUUUCUUAAAAUACAAUUUAAUUGUGUGGCAAAAUAAUUAGUGGAUGUAAAACGUUGUCUUUUAUUUGUUUUUAUAUAAUUUUUUAUUACAACUAUGGACUUGUAUAGUCAAUAAUUUAUUUGCAAAGUUAGUAUGUUGAUCAGGAAUCAUGCAUGAUUGUAGAAAAUACAGCAUAAUCACUCAUGAACUUUGAUCUCGUAGAUCUCUGUGUAUCAAUAAGCGUCUUUUGUUUUUUGUUUUGAUGUUGCUCAAACAACAGUUUUGUAGCAAUCUUUGUAAAAAUGCACUUGUGCAGUAGUCGUGAUAUUUACAAAUGUAGUUAGUAUUAAAGGGAUGUAUGGAAUAUUUAGUAAUUUGUCACUUCAAAUUUUGUAAAUUAAAUUUGAAUGAUAAUAGUUUUGUAAUUAGACAGAUGGACUUAUUCAAUCAAUCAGUGUUUAAUCAGACAUUUAAACAGUUUUAUAAGUUUUAUCAUUUUAUUCUGAAUAAAGGGUAUUAGUGACUACUUUCAAAUAUUCAGAAUUAUAUAACGUAAAAUGUUUUAGAAAUAAAUGAAUUUCCAUAGGUCUUUGUUCUUGGAUACAAAAAAACAAAUCCGAUUUUUGCUUUUAUUAUUUGAAAACAUGAAAAAUUAGUAAACAAAUAUGACAUGUGCGAGUUCAGUUAUUAAUGGCAACAGGAUUGCAAAUUAUUUGUUGGUUACCGUGAUAUACUGAAGCUUAACUGCUGGUCAGAGGGUUUAAGAUUGCAUGGAAUAUUUAAUGAUCCGCGUUGUUGGAAAAUGGAAGCCUUUUGCAGUCGGCAUAGCCAUAGACCAGCCUACUCAUCCAUGCAGUCAUGUCAGAAGCUUUCAUGUUUGCUAAUGAGACCACAAAAUCUUGUCGGACUUUAGCGGAGAGCUUACCUUCUGUCCAGACUUUGCGACCCCUUUUCACAAGAUGCAGGUCAAAUGAGUGUUGUUUUGAAUCUUUUGUAAGAUCAUUGCUGUAUUUCUGUGCUGAUUUCUUAUGUAAAAAUGUUUAAAUAAAGUUUGGAAAUAAGAUCCUGUUUUUACUGUCAUGACUUUACUUGUAUUGUCAGAUCUAGUUGUAUGACAUUGUUCCAAAGUAAGUGAAAUUCUAAUAAUUAAUAGAAUAUUUCUGUUCUUAUGCAAAUUAAUUUGCUUUAAUAUUAGUUUAUUUAAAUUUAUUUACAUAAGUUUACAUAUCUUACAACUUGUAUAAUGUAUUUUGUUUGGCAAAAUUCUGUGUGACUUGUUAUCAUUGUUUGUAAGUUUUCUGUACUAUUAUGUGUUUGCUAGGUAAUUAUAAUGUCUUACUUAGAUAUUUUUAAACAACUGUCUGAUUUUAUGUUUUACUGGUUUUAAUAUUCUACUAACACAACUGCAUGAUCAUGAGUAAUUUCUCUUAAUAAAGUUUGUUUCAAG